AUGUUGUCUUCCAAUGCAACAGGUGAAACUCAUCAGAGCUCUGAAAGAGAGAAAGAUUUAGAAAUAUACGUAAGAGAUUUGAAGGGUAGUAUUAUUGGACGAUUGUGCUACGAGGUAGACCAAAAAUUGAUCAAAGGCUUUACGCCUGCGUAUUUUGGGACAAUUAUGGGAAUUGGAGUUUCGAGUUGUGUUUUAUAUAAGUUUCCAUAUCCAUCAAGAUGGCUCGAGAUAUGUGGGUGUAUCAUAUUUGGGGUUGGGGUGGCAUUUUUUCUUGUGAUAAUUAUAUGCUUUGUUGCGUUUGUAUUGCGAUAUCCAAAGAAAUUUGCAGCCUAUACCUGUGAUCCAGCUAUAGCACCCUUCAUGGGAGGCUUACCUAUGGGGUUCAACACUUUAAUAAACUUUGUUUAUUACUUGACAGGGAAGGAAUGGAUUAUAGGUGUAUGGGUAUUAUGGUGGAUGUCGGUGAUUUUGGCUUUAUACACUGGGUGCGUCGUAUUCUACGCUGCAUUUAUUGCAAAAAAAGAGUCGAGUUCCAAUUACUUGAAUCCAAAAGACAUAAAUGCUGCACUACUUAUGCCUAAUGUCGCUUUCACUGUCUCCGCAUCUACAGGCAAUUUGUUGGUUGUAGACUUGCCUUCUCUCAACCUUCAAAUCAUCACGAUGAUCGUAAGCUAUAUCUUGUGGUCCAGUGGUAUUAUUUUAACAUUCAUAAUCUUGUCAAUUUACUAUUGGAAAUUGUUCGUUCAUAAAAUACCUGCUACCAAUCUUGUCUUUACGAGCUUUUUACCAGCUGGUGCUGUUGGUCAAGGUGCUUUUUGUAUUAAUUUAUUUGGUAAUAACAUGAAUAACUUAAUCGUCCAACAUCACACUACGAUUUUAUCGUCUCAUUAUUUGCAUUUUCCAGGUGAACUUGAUCUUUCUUCGGUAGACACAUUAGGAGUGGGUAUCUCGAUAGGACAAGUUGCUUUGUUAAUGACAGCAAUGAUGUGUUUGUCUCUUAUCUCGUUCGGGUUUUUCAGUACUUACAUCGCUAUAAUCUCAAGUAUUUCAAAAAUACGGCCCUUCACGAAGAACUACAAUCUAGAUCAUACUUACAAGCCAUCAACCCUGAACUCUUUUACGAAUUUAUUUACUGGUUUCAUCAAAUUCAAUAAGUCAUACUGGGCCAUGACUUUCCCAUUAGGUACUAUGGCUAUAUCAUGCAACGAGUUAUCAAAGUCAUUCGGUGGAUUGAAGACACUCCAAGUAAUAGCCACUAUAUAUGCGGUUGCAUUGCUAAUCGUCACCAUUGGUUGUAUAUUUGGAGUGAUGUAUAAAAUUGGAUAUUUUGCUAAUUAUGCACUUUAUGGUACAAACUAUGAAAAGUUUUAA